AUGGCGGGCACGGCGGCGGCCGCGAAGCUCCAGGACGGCGGCGGAGGGUUGUCUGAGGCCGGAGGGAUGCCUUGGUUCAAUCUCUUUGUGCAUCAUAUUGCUAACAUUAACCUCAUGGAUAAGAGUUGGAUGAAUAAACCGAGGGCAAGUGAAAAGUAUCUUCGUGGUGUUUCGGACUUUCUAGAUUUUGCGUUUUUCAAAGCAAGCCAAGAGGGGCUAAUUCUUUGCCCUUGUAAAAAUUGUAGCAAUCGCUUUUGGAACAGUAGAGAAAUUGUUCUUGAGCAUUUGAUUUGUGAUGGAUUUGUCCAUGAUUACACAUGUUGGGUUUAUCAUGGGGAAGACAUUACAUCAUCUUUUCUCGGAUCAGAUUAUGGUAAUUCUAGUGCAUGUGAUAAUAUGCGUGAGAUGCUAAAUGAUGCGUUUGGAUGUUUUGAUGAAAACAAAGAGGAAAUGCCAGCAGAAGAACAUAAUUACAAUGAAAAUCCAAAUGAAGAAGCGAAGAUAUUUUAUAAAUUAGUCAAAGAUUCUGAGCAAGAGUUAUACCCUGGUUGUAAGAAGUUCUCAAAGCUCUCUUUCAUUGUUCGAUUAUUUCACUUGAAAUGCCUCAAUGGUUGGACAAACAAUUCAUUUACUAUGUUGCUCACCUUACUAAAAGAGGCAUUUCCUAAGGGUGAAACACUACCAAAUUCAUAUUAUGAAGCAAAAAAAAUUAUCAACGAUUUAGGUCUGGGUUAUAAAAAAAUUGACGCUUGUCCAAAUGAUUGUCAAUUGUACUAUAAGGAGACCAAAGAUUCAAUAUCAUGUGCCAUUUGUGGUGCUUCAAGGUGGAAGUCAACUGAGAAGAAUGUGGAAUAUGAUACAUCGACAUCUACUAAAAAAGCUAAAAAUAUUUCAGCCAAGAUUCUAAGAUAUUUUCCUUUAAAACCAAGACUUCAGAGGAUGUUUAUGUCAUCAAAAACAGCUUCCCUAAUGAGAUGGCAUCAAGAAGGUCGAACAAGAGAUGGAGUGAUGAGGCAUCCGGCAGACUCCCCUGCUUGGAAAACAUUUGACUUUGAACAUCCCGAAUUUUCGUCAGAUCCUCGCAAUGUAAGGCUUAGGUUAGCAACCUGA